GCAAUGGCUCGGCGAGUUCUUGUUCUCUACGGUUCACAGACGGGAACGGCUCAAGACGUUGCUGAGAGGGUUGGACGAGAAGCUAAACGAAGGCACUUUGUUGCUCGAGUUGUUGCAAUGGACGAAUACGAGAAGGCUAAGUUGAUUGAUGAAGAGUUGGUGGUUUUUGUUGCUGCUACGACUGGGCAGGGAGAUGAGCCUGACAACAUGAAGACAUUUUGGCGAUUUUUGCUGCGUAAGAACCUUCCGACAGACUCUUUGUCUCGAAUGCGAUUUGCAGUCCUCGGAUUGGGUGACUCGUCGUAUCAAAAAUUUAACUUUGUUGCAAAACGACUUCACAGAAGGUUACUGCAGUUGGGUGCCACUUCUAUAAAGAGCAUUGGAUUGGCCGAUGAUCAACAUGAUCUUGGGGCUGAUGCAGUCAUUGAUCCCUGGCUAUCGACCCUAUGGGACAUUUUGCUUCGAUUUUAUCCACUGCCGGCGGGAUUGAGCAUUAUCAGUGAUGACGUGUUGCCACCGUCGAGAUACAAAGUGAUCUACAUAGAUGACGAGAUGGAAUCGAGGCAGCAAUCACAUGACAUCACAAGUAGAUUGGAUGUGUCGUUUGUUCAUUCAUCUUGCGCUCCGUUUUCUGCUCGUCUCGUGUCUAACAAACGUGUCACAUCAAUCGAACAUUUUCAAGACGUCCGUCUCGUCAAGUUUGACAUAUCUGGAUCAGGUAUCAUGUUUAGUCCUGGUGAUGUGCUUAUGGUUCAACCGUGCAACCAACCAGAUAGUGUUGAUGAAUUUCUGGAACAUCUCAAGUUGGAUCCAACACGGAAGUUUUGUCUUCAGCCGAAUGAAAGUCACAUCUCAAUUCCUACAUUGCUACCACAACCCUGUACCAUCAGAUACGCCGCUAAACACUACUUCAACUUUGCCGGCAUGCCGCGGCGAUAUUUCUUCGAGCUCUUAGCGUUCUUCACUACAUCCGAAUUGGAAAGAGAAAAGCUCCAUGAGUUUGCUUCGACCGAAGGACAGGAGGAGCUUUACUCGUAUUGUUAUAGACCUAGACGAACAUUAUUAGAGGUUUUCCAGGAUUUUCCUGACGCGAUCAGACAGAUUCCAUUCAAUUACCUCUUCGAUCUCAUCAAUCCCAUUCAACCACGGGCCUUCUCCAUAGCAUCCUCACUCAUGGUGCACAAGGAUGAAGUACAGCUGCUAGUCGCUGUCGUGCAUUACAAAACAAAGCUUCAUAAACCAAGAGAGGGACUUUGUUCAACGUGGCUGGCACGGCUCAGACCAGAACAAAGUAAUGAAGUGAGGGUGCCUGUGUGGGUGAAGAAAGGGACAAUAUUGUUUCCGAAGUCAGUGGACACACCGGUCAUCAUGGUCGGACCAGGGACUGGCUGCGCUCCAUUCAGAAGUUUUAUUCAGGAGAGAAGCACCGAGAGUCAAACAAGAAAUAUUUUGUUCUUUGGAUGUCGUAAUGCAAAUCGGGAUUUCCUGUGUCGCGACGAAUGGGCAACGUCAGUCGAACGAGGCCAACUCAGACUAUUCACUGCAUUCUCAAGAGAUCAGGAACACAAAAUCUACGUUCAACACAAAUUGAUAGAGAAUGCACGUUUAGUAUGGGAUCUGUUGUUCAGAAGAGGAGCUUGGUUUAUGAUAGCAGGUAAUGCAAAGCAAAUGCCGAUUGAUGUGAUUGACGCGUUGAAGACAAUCGUUCAGCAAGAGGGCGGGAUGGACGAUCGGGAGGCCGAGGGAUAUGUAAAGAGACUGGAGAGAGAGAGACGAUUUCAGACAGAGACGUGGUCGUGAUGACACGGUCAUGUUUUAAUCUAGUGAGUGUGACCAAUACGUUUCCUGUCUGAGUUGUGUUGUUGUAUAUGCUGUAAGUAUGUAUGUAUAUCUAUAUACAUAUACAUUAUAUACAUAUACACUAUAUACAUAUGAUGAUGGUGAGUCCACCGUAUCGGUGACGACCCUCAUAAAAGAAUACAAAAAUAUUUAUGUGAUAAAUAAAAAACAAA